AUGAGCCACAGUGGAUGGGCUGACUCGGUAAUACCAACCGAGUCUGUGGCCAACACUGACUCACCUUGGGCUGAAAUCGAAUCUGAAAACAAAUCUGAGAACAAAUCUGAGGAUGCACCAGGCCGUGAAGUUGUGAGUAGUGCAACCGGUCCUUCUGGAAGAUCAAACACACCUGUUAUUCGAAUCAAUUCGUCGUCAUCAACAAGCAGUUCACAACCUGAUAAUGCAUUGACUGUGGAAGGUGAUGACGAUAUUGAAGUAACUGAUGCUAUAGAGGGUCAAAAUGAGCAUCCAUUUAGCCUUAGUCCUGAUUUAAACCGAUCACCUGGCCAGAUUGGGGUUGUUUCCAGCUGCGAAUCUUCACCAGAUGCUGUCCACACCUCAGGUGACGAUGCACACAUCCUUCAGAAAGAGAACGACGACCUUCGAACGGCGACAUCAGAAUCAGACAAUAUCAUCAUGGAGCUCAAUAUGGAUACUACCGUGCGAUAUCUCAGUGAAUGUUGGGAUGAUAUUGUAGGGUAA